CAAUGCCUUGACUCAUUGACUGUCGAUGAUAUCGUCAAAGUAAACUCUGCUCUCGUUAAGUUUGUUUAACUUGUAAAUUGGCAUCGCCGCUUCCCGGUUCUCACGAAUAUUCGUCUGCAGUGCAAAAUCAAAAUGUCUCCAACUCUCCAUUCUCUCGUUGAAAUCCGUUGAAAUAGGAUACAGUUAGACCACAGAUGGUGAGGUUGCCAACUCAGUUCACAGUGUUUUAUUAAAGUGAUACCUCCUUUCAAUUGUCUGAUUGAGACAAAUUGUAGAGAGAUUGUUGAGAGUUUCACGUCGUCAUAAUCAGAAAAUUCUGGCACUUGUCAAGAUGACUGCUGACUACAAAUAUUUCAUCACCUGAGGAGCCAAUUCCACCGAGGUUGAAAAGGAGAUACCAAACGAAAUUCAUCAAAGUGAAGGCAGCACCGGCAGCAGUUAGACACGUCGUCGUCGUCGUCAUCCAGUCUCUGUCCAGCCAAGAACUGUUGACCGCCCAACUCAACCUUCUUGGAGUGCCCAUCAACCCCAUGGAGUUAGUAGUUACCCCUGCCAUGUUCGAGGAUUCGGUGUUAUUCUUGAGCAAGAUCUUGAAGAGGAGCUGGGAGGAUCCUUGAACGCUGAGGCCAGCCAGACGGCCUGGAAGAACGGAAUCGCCGCCAUGGUUGCUGGAGUCUCCAAGACCCUCAAGAACCCCGAAGAUUUGGCUCAUCCCCAGACUAAAUUGUCCCGCCACCAGAUCCGCGAUGUCCAAAGGAGCUGUGAAAGUAGCGGCCGCAAUGCCUUGGUCCAUCUUGAUCAAGUUCUUCAAGGAGACUCCCCGCGUCCAGAAACAUUUCACCAAGUUCGCCAAUGUUGCAGUCGACUCUCGAGUGGCAAUUCCAAUUACAACCAACAAGUGGCUCUCGUCGCCGACCGCCUGAUGGACACCAUCAUUUCCGCUAUGGAUGACAAAUUGCAGCUUUUGGGCAACAUCAACUACCUGAAAUACACUCACGCUAAGCGCUCCAUUCCUCACGCAGCACUUGGGAGGACUUUGCUCGCCUGCUCGGAAAAGUUCUUUCUUCCAAUUGGUUUCGUCUGCAGUGCAAACCAAAAGUUCGACGCGUUUUACUGUGAGGCUACCAACUCAGUUCACAUGUUUAAGUGCAAACCAUUCAACUGUUUGAUUAUGCUAGUGGGAUGGAGAUUGUAGAGAUUGACGUCAACGUAAUCAGUGAAAUCAUCACCAUUGAACCCUGAAAAAAUCGUGAAUGGACGACCCUGGAGAUUCAUCACCUGACAUUCAAGACCAACCAAAACGCCAUCAAAUUGUAGGAAUUCUUCCUCCAAGGAAAAGGCAGCGCCAGUCGAACUCGGCGUCCAGCAGAUGAAAACCAACAACAAAACAACUUG